AUGGUUUCUGGUAAUCUGCCCGCCCUGGCAGUUCUGCUUCUGCCUCUCGUCCUCUGGGGCUCCCAAGGCCCCCAGAUGGCCACCGGUCCAGAGAUCGACCAGGCCAACCCGAAGCAGGUUCCGAUCCAGUCUCUCCAAGCCAUCCUGCUAAGGCGCCUGGGGUUGCAAAGACGGCCCCGACCCAAGCCGGGACUCCCAGUCCCCCAGUACCUGCUGGACCUGUACCAGUUCUGCUUGGGAAAAGCUCUCUCCUCUCUUCCGGAUUUGGAGCGGCCCUUCCUAGAGGAACAAGCAAGGACAGCAAACACUGUGCGCGCGUUCCACCAUGUCGAGAAUUUGGACCACAUCCCUGAAGUAGCAGGAAGUUCAUUCUUCCUGUUCAACCUCACUUUGCUUCCUGAAGAGGAGGAGCUAACGGCCCUAGAGUUGCGUCUCUAUCAUUCACAGAAAAAGAGAGGGGGCUUCCAUGUAAGCAUCUACCACACGAUGGAUCCCUCAUCUAUGUCUAGAAACAAGAGCGGACUCCUCAUUCGCAAAUUCUUGGCUUUCAGCCGGCCCAAGUGGGAGAGUUUUGACGUAACUGUUGCUUUCAAGAGGGUGAAAGAACAGGACCAAUGUCUUGGGAUUCUCAUUGAGGUGGAACAUCCAAACAACAGCCAGGAGCUUUGGCACCAAGCCCCGCUUCGAGCAAGGCGGUCUCCUGGUGAGAAGGAGGCCCAUUGGGCCCUAGAGAGGCCUUUGCUGGUCACCUACAGCCAUGAUCGAAGAGGGCAGCCUCUGACGCGUGGAAAAAGGCAGAGCAAAAGCAAGCCUACUGGACUUACCCAGAGAGGAGGCAGAAGAACCCUGAAAAUCCCAGGACCUGGGAGCAAGCGCAAGAGCCUGAAACCAAAGACCAAAGCUGACAUGAGAUGCAGAAGGCACCGCCUGUUUGUGGACUUCAAGGAGGUUGGGUGGAAUGACUGGAUAGUCGCCCCCAAUGGCUACCACGCCUUCUACUGCUCUGGGGAGUGCCGAUUCCCACUGGCCGAUCACAUGAACACUUCCAGUCACGCCGUGGUGCAGACCAUGUUGAACUCGAUGAAUUCCAGAGUGCCUAAAGCGUGCUGUGUCCCUACGGAACUCAGCCCCAUUGCCAUGCUCUACCUGGAUCAGCAUGACAUGGUUGUCCUAAAGACCUACCAGGACAUGGUGGUGGAAGGCUGCGGGUGCCGUUAGAAGCAACAGA